AUGUCUUCUGGACGGAAGGACUUCUUGAAUCAGCCUGCGCCCGAAAACUAUGUUGCGGGCUUAGGCAGAGGUGCGACAGGGUUUACAACUCGUUCGGAUUUGGGACCGGCGCGGGAAGGGCCUACACCGGAGCAGAUUCAAGCUGCUCUCGCAAAGAGAGCCCAGCUUCUCGGCGCUGCACCUCCAACAGCAUACGGCGCAGGACGCGAAAAGGGCGGAAAAGAAGAGAAAGAGGAGGAAGAGGAAGAUGAACGUUUCCAAGAUCCAGACAAUGAGGUUGGUCUUUUUGCCUACGGGCAAUUCGAUCAAGAAGACGAUGAAGCAGACCGCAUCUAUAAAGAAGUAGAUGAGAAGAUGGACAAGCGUCGAAAAGCACGAAGGGAAGUUCGAGAACAGCAAGAGCGCGAGGAAUACGAACGCAAGAAUCCCAAAAUUCAGCAGCAAUUCGCCGAUCUGAAGCGUUCACUAGCGUCUGUCUCAGAAGACGAGUGGGCCAACCUACCGGAAGUCGGAGAUCUCACAGGAAAGAAUCGACGGGCGAAGCAGAACCUACGACAACGUUUCUACGCGGUACCAGACAGUGUCAUCGCCAGCGCAAGGGACUCGACCCAGUUUGAAACCACCAUCACCGAUGAUGGUACGCAGACAGAUGCCCGUGGUCCCGAGGCGGCGGAUGGGACAAUGACGAACUUCGCGAAUAUCAGCGCAGCCCGUGACAAAGUGCUCAAGGUCAGACUUGACCAGGCUGCCAGGGGCUCUACAGCUGAUUCUGCCUCCGGGAGCGCUACCAACAUCGAUCCGAAAGGAUACCUUACGAGUUUGACGCAGUCGGAGCUGAAAGCGGGCGAAAUUGAAAUUGGGGACAUCAAGCGAGUUCGUGUUUUGUUGGAAUCUGUGACGAAAACAAACCCGAAACACGCGCCUGGUUGGAUUGCGCUUGCACGUCUUGAAGAACUUGCUGGGAGGAUCGUGGCUGCUAGAAACAUCAUCGCCAAAGGUUGUGAGUUGUGCCCGAAGAGCGAGGAUGCAUGGCUUGAGAACAUUCGAUUGAAUGAAGGACACAAUGCCAAGGUUAUCGCGGCCAAUGCAAUCAAAAAUAACGACCGUUCCACAAGACUCUGGAUUGAGGCAAUGAGGCUGGAGUCGGACACUCGCGCCAAGAAAAACGUGCUCAGACAGGCUAUUCUCCACGUACCUCAAUCGGUAACCAUCUGGAAGGAGGCUGUCAACCUGGAAGAUGAUCCCGCCGAUGCGCGUCUUUUGUUAGCGAAGGCAGUCGAAAUGAUUCCCCUUUCUGUUGAGUUAUGGCUUGCUCUCGCUCGUCUCGAGACGCCUGAAAAUGCACAAAAGGUUCUGAACGCUGCGCGAAAAGCUGUCCCAACAAGUCAUGAAGUCUGGAUUGCGGCUGCGCGACUCCAGGAGCAGAUGGGCACCUUCGAAAAAGUAAAUGUCAUGAAGAGGGCCGUUCAAGUGCUUGCAAGAGAAAACGCUAUGCUCAAGAGAGAAGAAUGGAUAGCGGAAGCCGAGAAAUGCGAAGAAGAGGGGGCCAUAUUGACAUGCGGUGCGAUCAUCCGCGAGACUCUCGGAUGGGGCUUGGACGAAGAUGAUGACCGAAAAGAUAUUUGGAUGGACGAUGCGAAGGCGAGUAUUGCGAAAGGCAUGUAUGAGACUGCAAGAGCAAUCUAUGCUUACGCAUUGCGCAUUUUUGUCAAUCGCCGGUCUAUUUGGCUUGCAGCUGCCGAUCUUGAACGCAACCACGGCACUAAAGAGGCCCUCUGGCAGGUUCUCGAGAAAGCAGUGGAAGCCUGUCCUCAGAGUGAAGAGCUUUGGUUACAACUUGCGAAGGAGAAAUGGCAAGCAGGGGAGAUUGACGACGCCCGACGAGUGCUCGGACGGGCUUUCAACCAAAAUCCUAACAACGAGGACAUUUGGCUGGCUGCCGUCAAACUGGAAGCAGACGCGGACCAGACAGAUCAGGCGCGGGAACUCCUGUCAACUGCCCGUCGCGAAGCGGGCACUGAUCGCGUCUGGAUCAAAAGUGUGGCUUUCGAACGGCAACUGGGUAAUAUCGAUGAGGCGCUUGACCUGGUCAACCAGGGGCUGCAGCUGUACCCGAAGGCGGACAAACUCUGGAUGAUGAAGGGACAAAUCUACGAAAUUCAGAACAAAUACCCACAAGCCAGGGAAGCUUACAGUACCGGCACGAGAGCCUGUCCAAAGUCCGUCCCGCUCUGGCUCUUGGCCUCUCGACUCGAAGAAAAGGCUGGUGCUGUUGUCAAGGCUCGUUCGGUCCUUGAUCGGGCUCGUCUUGCUGUCCCCAAGAGUGCUGAACUGUGGACCGAGAGUGUUCGUGUUGAGCGGCGUGCGAACAAUAUCGGUCAAGCCAAGGUUUUGAUGGCCAAGGCCCUGCAGGAAGUUCCAAACUCUGGCCUCCUGUGGAGCGAAAGCAUCUGGUAUCUUGAACCGCGGGCCCAACGAAAGGCUCGCAGUUUGGAGGCGAUCAAAAAAGUGGACAAUGACCCAACUUUGUUCAUCACAGUGGCGCGUAUCUUCUGGGGAGAACGUCGACUGGAGAAGGCAAUGACAUGGUUUGAAAAGGCCAUCGUGUCCGACAGUGAUCUGGGUGAUGGCUGGGCAUGGUACUACAAGUUCCUGCUGCAGCAUGGCACAGAGGAGAAACGAGCCGACGUGGUGGCCAAGUGUAUAUCGACUGAGCCCAAACACGGCGAAGUGUGGCAGUCUGUGGCGAAAGACCCGGCCAACGCGCGCAAGUCCACGGAGGAAAUUCUUAAGAUGGUUGCAGACCGUCUCACUCAAUAA